AUGGCGCCCAUUACAAGGAAAAGCGUCAGCUCUGGCGCAUCCAAGCCCGUCCAUCGCAAGCCCUCUCAAGCCAACACGAACUCGAUUGUCGACGCUGCUCGCUCCAACAGCUUCUCCACGCCCCAGAAUUCCGACCUCCACCAAUCCGCUCUCGUACCCUCUAGCCAGCUCAUUGACCAAAUCAACCCCUUGCGCGACAUGGCUGAUCGUGUCGGUCGCGAAGUCGACCACUUUGCAGAGACACUCGAUAAAUUCAACUCCCGUCUACAUGGACAGGAUGCAUAUCGUACUGCCCUCGAUCUGACAAUGGAAUACAAGGACUUUGCCGACACCAUGGUCAAGAAGCUGAAGAAACGCCACGACGCUCAGCGCGUCAAUGACAUGAAGAACGAAUUUGGCAAGAGGAUCACCAUGUCUCCCAUCAGAAGCUCCAGUCUCUCUGCUCCAGUCGGCCCCGUCACCCACAACGAUGCUGACCAAGACAUCCCCGCCCAAACUUCUCUCGAAACCUUGAGACAAUGGCAAGCCGAACGCGACACCUGGGAGUUGUUUCGUAUCAUGCUCCAAGAACGAUACUCGCCCGAGAAGCACAUUCGCCAGCAAGAGAAGGAAGCAAGGUUGGCAGAGUUAGGCAUGCCGAAUACAUACACAUCUGACUCGGACAUUUGGGAACGCUUCACUCUGGACAACGACUCGGCCAGAGAGCGACAUCUGGUCCUUCAAUGGCUACAGGGGGCUGCCAACCACGGCGGGAGCGAUAUCGAAGCUAUUGCCGAGGAACUCGAGAAAAAGUCAGGCCGAGGAACAGGCAUCUGGUCCAAUGGCUGGAUGGAGACGCGUGAGAGGAUCAAAGGAACAAAAAGAAUGCGUCUAUUCUCGACUGCCUCGUCUGACAUGCUUGAUGUGAAGCGUACGCACAGCAAUGAACCCCUGGUAUCUUCUCUAGACCCGGAUGCACCGAUUCGCCAGUAUCGCGUUCUGGAGAAGGCAGACGAAUACUCGGAAAGAGCCCUAUGGAUGACUUGCUGGGAGAUGCUAAGGCGCGGUCACUCAUGGUACGACAUCUGCCAAUGGUGCUCUGAACGUAACCAAAGUUGGCGUGCUGCAAGCAUGGCUGCCUGCGCUGACUCGGACAUGGACGUCGCUCUACCAGGUCUCUCGGCUGGUUCGCUCUGGCGUCGUAUGUGUUACGCCUUGACACAGCAAUCGGGCUUGGAUGAGUAUGAAGCCGCUGUGUAUGGUGUGCUGAGUGGCGAUCUGGACUCGGUCAAGCGUGUGUGCCAGAGCUGGGACGACUAUAUCUUCGCUCACUACAAUUCCCUUCUGAUCGGACAACUGGAGGAAUACUUGCAAAAAAGCUUCCCGGAAAAGUUUGCAUCUGGUAUCGCCUCAAAGUUCCCCAUCUUCGACUCUCUCAGGCACCAUGGCAACCAAAAUGACAUUUCUCGAAGUUUGAUCAGGCGCCUCAAUGAGCAGUCUUCCACCUCGCAAGAAGCCAAGAGACCCCUCAAGUUGCUGCAAGGCAGUCUCAUCGCGGACAACUUUGCCGAUUUGUGCAAGAACCUCGCAACGGCCAUCUCGGAUGCUGCAUGGUACCAAACAACUUCGACCACCAUAGCUCCUCUGCGUACGGCUGUCUCUCCAGAUUCUCAGCGGGAGAGCGUCAUCUUCAACGACUAUGAUGCUUUACGUAUUGUUACUCACAUGGUACUGAUGUUGCGUGAAUUCCACGAGCCCCUCUCAGACACAAAAUCCGACCCCGAAGCUCUGGACAACAUUACCGCUGCCUAUAUUCAACUCCUACGCGCUGCAGGUAGAUGGGAACUCACAUCUGUAUACGCAUCAAGAAUGUCACCUGGUCGUGGCAUCAAGUCACUUGCACAGACCAUGACCGAUGUACAAGACCUUCAGGAGAAGAUGCACUUUACCAAGCUCAUGUCGACAUACGGUAUCGAUGCUGUAGCUGUCUUGACCGAACAGGCCAAGUAUCUUAUGGAAGAAGUGCUACCGAAGAGGCCCGCGGAACAGGAUAAUCUGAAAAUUAUCGAGAACACCAAAGAGGAACUUCAUCCUGGCCAAAGGAUAAAGCUGGAUUUUGUGGAAGAAGCAAAAGGCGGCGAAGGCAUUGCCGACCACCUUGCCGUUUUCCAUCUUAUGGAGGGCCAUUGGGAUGUCUCGUUCCAGACUCUUGCCUAUGCUUGCAGGAAGUUGCUGCUCAAUGGUUGCUUCCAAGAAGCGUCACGCCUGGUGGAUCAAUUGUCUUUCGACUUGUUGUGUACAGCAAAAUCACGGCCUAUCCUUGGAACAUCAGUCAACGUCAUGGACCGUGAGGAAACGGCUUUACUUCCUCAAGACGUUGAGCAUGCAGCAAAACUACGCGUCCUCCAAAAGCAAUGCAGAGGAUACUAUGAGCUCAGUUUGCUGGUGAAGGCAGUGGAUGCUCUGGACGCUUGGAGAACGGUGGAGCAUGAUUAUGCCACUAAGGUGCCGCGACCCAGUUCACUGCCAGCCAAGGUCAAAACAACCUUCGAGAACACCUGCGCUGCGGUCGAGCCUGUACUGAGUGGUAUUCUCGUGCACGCAAAGGAUGGUAAGCAAAUACUCGUUGCUGUAGGAACAACAGCUCAACUGACUUGA